UAAUGACGUAAACAUAACCUCAAAAAUUUACACAAAUACAAACAUUUAAUUAAGAGAUUACAAUUAAAUAAUAAUGGAAGUAAUGAAUCAAAAGGAAUAUUUAAAGAAAUAUUUAUCAGGAAAUAAAGAUAAGAAGAAGAAAAAGCGAAGAAAGGACUUUGUUUCCGACAGGGUGAAAAUUAUAGACGAUGAUGUCGAUUUGUCAAAGAUUCUAACGGCCGAUAACGACGACUUGUAUGGACCGAACGAGGACGCGCCCCAAAUCGUCGGUGUUAUCGACGAUCGACCGAUGCACAUGAGAAUUGACGAUUACACCAAGAGCAACAUGUGGAGGCCGUUAGGAGCGGCCGAAGAUCCGGAGGAAGACGGCAAAUUGGAGAAUUUAGUGACGAAAAGCGAUCGGGAGAUAGUAUUGACCUUCUUCAAAAAUGAAAGCAGAGGAUUGAAGCGGCCGGCCAAAGCGAAGAAGGCUAAGGCAGAGGGCAGUCCGCCGCGGAAGGGGAAAGGAGAGAGCCGGUGGGAUAUGUCGAGUAGGGAGAAAGUUCUCGGCGAUACGCCUCCGCGCGAAGACGACCCGGAUAUGAGCCCGCCGCGGAGAGCGGCAAGCACCGAUAUGAGCCCCCCUCGAAAAGCUAGGCGAAAUUCUGACACCAGCCCACCCAGAAAAUCUCGAGACAUGAGCCCGCCACGUCGCCGGCGAAGGGUUUCGGACCAUAGCCCGCCACGAAGAUCGGGCAAACGGGACGGUCAGACUGGCAGCCCGAGACAUAAACACCGUUCCGACCGUGAGAAGCGGCGGAGAGAACCGUCGCCGCCGCCGCCUCGUCGAAAGCUUCUCCCCGGCGACAAGAAGGGCAAGUACCUCAUACCGGCGAAACGUAUGGAGAAAACCCUCGACGGCAAAAAGGCGGGCCUCCAAAACGCCCAGGAACUCGUCAAGGAGAAUCAGGAGUUCCGCACGCGCGAGGACGAGCUCUUCAAGCGGAUGUCGGCGGAAACGACGGGCGCAAACGCCGCGACCGUCGUGCGCGACCGCAAGACCGGCAAAGUUCGCGAUCUCGAAAAGGAGGCGCAGGAACGUUCGGAGAAGGAGAGGCAGGAGGAGGCGAACAAGGAGAAGUACAUGCGGUGGGGGAAGGGCCUGAAACAGGUCGAGGACUACGAGAGCAAGCUGCAGGACGCCCUGCAGGAGAUGAACAAACCGUUCGCGCGCUACGCCGACGACGAGGAUCUCGAGCGGCACCUCAAGGAGCAGGAGCGCGAGGGCGAUCCCAUGCUGGACUACAUUCGGAAGAAGAGGAGGAAAAACGAUAUCGACACCGGGAAACCUGUCAAGCUGCAGUUUGAGGGGGAGUUUAUGCCGAAUCGGUUCGGUAUACGGCCCGGCCAUCGGUGGGACGGCGUCAAUCGAUCGAAUGGGUACGAGAAGAAGUGGAUCGAAGUGCAAAAUACACGCAACGCGAUUCAGGAGGAAGUUUAUAAAUGGAGUACCGAGGAUAUGUAGUUGUUAAUCAUUUUCUCUUUUAAGUUUAAAGUAGGAUAGGAUUAUUUCCAAUGUUGUGUAUUUAGAUAAUAAACUGUUUCAAACCAA